AAAGCAAAGAAGUCAUCCUGAUCAUCAAAAAGACAUGGAUUUCUUUUGGGAUAGGAGAAGAUAUGGCUGUUUGUUGCUGUGACAUAUUUGUUUCAGGGAGUUAUUUAUUCAGAAGAACUGAGAAGAAUGAAGAGAGCUGUGGAUCCUGAAGCCUUUAUGAGUAUUAAUGAGCUCAUUACUUACAAAGGGUACCCCAGCGAGGAGUAUGAAGUGAUGACAGAAGAUGGUUAUACCAUUACCAUUAACAGAAUCCCUUAUGGUACUCAGAAUCAAGGAAGCCCAGCUUCAAGACCUGCUGUGUUUCUCCAGCAUGGAUUAUUGGGAGAUGCUCGUAACUGGGUCACAAAUCUGCCCAACAACAGCUUGGGCUUCCUGCUGGCUGAUGCUGGAUUUGACGUUUGGAUGGGAAAUAGCAGAGGGAAUCGCUGGUCAAGAAAACAUCAGAAGUAUUCCAUUGAUCAAGAUGAAUUCUGGGCUUUUAGUUUUGAUGAGAUGGCAAAGUUUGAUCUUCCAGCAGCAAUAAAUUUCAUUUUGGAGAAAACAGGACAGGAGAAGUUGUACUAUAUUGGCUAUUCACAAGGUACUACCAUUGCUUUCAUUGCAUUUUCAACAAUGCCAGAGCUGGCUCAAAAAAUCAAAUUCUACUUUGCAUUGGCACCUGUCACUGCUAUUAAGUAUGCUAAAGGCCCAGCAACAAAACUCCUCUACCUUCCUGAGAAAAUGCUCAAGGGCAUGCUUGGCAACAGAGAAUUCCUUCCCCAGACCGAGUGUCUAACAAGGAUAAUAGCCCCUGUCUGCAGUCACCGAGCUUUCGCCAGGCUUUGUAGAAGUGUCUUCUUCAAUCUGGGUGGCUGUAACCUGAAAAACAUUGAUGUGAACCGAAUCAACGUGUAUAUUGCCCAAACCUCUGCUGGAACUUCUGUGCAGAACAUAGUCCACUGGAGUCAGGAGGCCCGCUCGGGGAAGUUCCAAGCUUAUGACUGGGGCAGUUCAAAGAAGAACAUGGAAAAAUACCAACAGACUGUUCCUCCUCUCUACAACAUAGAAGAGAUGACUGUACCAACUGCAGUAUGGACUGGGGGACAAGACCUGCUCGCAGAUCCCAAGGAUGCAGCCAUUUUAUUGUCUAAAAUCAAGAAGCUUAGCUAUCACAAGAAGAUUCCUGAAUGGGCACACCUGGAUUUCAUCUGGGGAUUGGAUGCACCUCUACAUGUGUACAAUGAAAUUAUUGACCUGAUGCAGAAGUAUCCUUAACCCACAACCAGAAGCUUUACCUGACUCAUUCAACAGCGCUUAGAUUCACUAGGUACAAAAACCUCCAUCCGUUGCAUCUGGAGUCAGAGAAAGGGUUCCUCCUGCACACUACAUGUCACUCCAAUGUCUUUUGCAUCCUGACAGUGCACUUCAUGCACUUCAUACACUUCAGCUCAUUUUCUGGCAACCUUGUGGAUCUGUAAUACUUUUUCAAUUGAUACAUUUUCAAUUCUGCAAUAGCCAUACUUUGCUAACAGAAGACAGGUUUUGCUUCCAGCCUACACUCUUCUCUAGACUGUAACAGUAAUGAAAGCACUUCCUUUCUCUGGUGAUUUCUAGACAUUUUCCAUUCUUCAGAUUAUUGCUCAGUUUAUUGGGCUGGCAGUUAUUUAAAGGCAUAGUGUAAUCAAAAUCUUAUUCUACCAGUUGUGGUAUUGUAUAAUUUUAUUAUUA